GGAGUAGUGGUAAAAUAAAUGGGUGGGCGUCCAUCUUGAAAUUUGUUGGAUUUGAGCCGGUCUAGUUGUGAUAAAAGUGUAUUUUGUAGCUUUGACUUCACGUUAAUUUAUAGUUUUCACAAGUUUCAUGAAUGCCGCAACUAUUUAUUGUUUAGAAUAGGAUUAACUACCAGUAAUGUGUUAGGUAUGAUUAUGUGCUGAAACAUUCGAUCAUUUGACGAGUAAUGGCGUGCGUUCUUCUCUGGGAAGACACUUUCAAAUUUUGUUUCAUGUCGUGAGAUCAAUUAAUAGUAAUGAUAUUUGCAAAAGUUUAUACAGUAUUGAGUUUUAGUGUAAUUAGUGCCGAUGAUUUUAAAUAAUAUUAGUUGAUGUAGCCCGAAUUUACUGAGCUGGAUGUCAUUUUUAGUAUCAUUACUCAAGACAUAUGCGAUUUCCGGAAAGAGUAUCGCUGAUAAAACCUUAGGUUGGCAGAGGUAUAGUGCGAUGGCAGUUCCUAGUAGAGCCCGGGUCUAUGCCGAUGUCAACUCACAGAAACCAAGAGAAUACUGGGACUACGAAAGCUACGUGGUUGACUGGGGCAACCAAGAAGACUACCAGUUAGUUCGAAAACUUGGCCGCGGAAAAUACAGUGAAGUAUUUGAGGCGAUAAAUAUCACAAAUAAUGAAAAGUGUGUAGUUAAAAUAUUGAAGCCUGUCAAAAAGAAGAAGAUAAAAAGAGAAAUAAAAAUAUUAGAAAACUUAAGAGGAGGCACAAAUAUAAUUACUUUACAAGCAGUAGUCAAAGAUCCUGUUUCCCGUACUCCAGCUCUAAUUUUUGAACAUGUGAACAACACUGAUUUUAAACAACUAUAUCAAACUCUUUCAGAUUAUGAUAUAAGAUAUUAUUUGUAUGAACUUUUGAAGGCAUUAGAUUAUUGCCAUAGUAUGGGCAUUAUGCACAGAGAUGUGAAGCCACAUAACGUAAUGAUUGAUCACGAUAACAGAAAGUUACGUCUCAUUGACUGGGGUUUAGCAGAGUUUUAUCAUCCAGGGCAAGAGUACAAUGUUCGUGUUGCUUCUAGAUACUUUAAGGGCCCUGAGCUUUUGGUGGAUUACCAAAUGUAUGACUACUCUUUAGAUAUGUGGUCAUUAGGAUGCAUGUUAGCAUCCAUGAUCUUCCGUAAGGAGCCAUUCUUCCAUGGUCAUGACAACUAUGACCAACUUGUGCGUAUUGCUAAAGUGCUGGGCACUGAAGAGCUAUUUGAAUAUUUGGAUAAAUACCAUAUAGAACUGGAUCCUCGAUUUAAUGAUAUACUUGGAAGACAUUCUCGUAAACGGUGGGAACGGUUUGUUCAUUCUGAAAAUCAACAUUUGGUUUCUCCUGAAGCGUUAGACUUCCUUGAUCGUCUUCUGCGUUAUGACCAUUAUGAGCGUUAUACAGCGCGUGAGGCAAUGGAUCAUCCUUACUUCUAUCCAAUUGUUAAGGAGCAGGGUCGAAUGGUGUCCUCAAGUUCUCCAACUCCUAAUGCAUUGCAAGGACCAAUAAAUUCUGCAGAAUAAUUGUUAUGAAGAGAUAGCAAUCCUCUUUAAAUAAUGCUAUGUAUUGAAUAUAUACCUGUACAAGAUUCCAGAUGACACUGUAAAAUGAACACCAACUGAAGAGGCCAAUGUUGGUGUAAACACUUACACUAGGAACACAGUGAAUAACAUCAUCUCUGUUCAAGUUACAUUAGUUUACAUCUCCUAUGUAAUUCCAAUGUUUGAUAAAGGAAAAUAUAAUUUGGAAAGACAAUAUAAUUUAGUGUUUAAUAUUAGUAAAUCUGGUUUAUGCAUUGUUUUAAAAGUGUAUCUCUGAUAUAAACUGCUGAAUCAAGUCCAUGAAGUGAUCAUGAACUAAAGCUGUUACUUUGUGAGUAUCUAGUGUGGUGGGAGGGUAAAUUGAAGUGAAAGCUAAAACAUCAUUUUUUUAAUGAAAACAAAAAAUCAAUAUUAAUUAUUGAGAUAUGAUGAAAGUCUCAGUUUCAUUGCACUUGAUCUUUUGCAUUUAUUAACCUAUGGUAUUGAUAUUGUAAUUACUUGUAUAAUAUAAUAUUGAUAACAUCUGCAUACCACUUGCAAGUACUGGUUAGCAGCUUUUCGUUGGUACUUUUAUUUAAAAUUUUGUAUUUAUGUAAUAGAAGUAAACUGUAGAUAUGUGUGAUAUAAAUACAAAAUUUUAAGAUGAUUAAUUAAUCGUUUUCUUUUUAUUACAUAUUUUAUAAAGGAGACCAGUAACUUCAAAUAAUUAGACAAUGUCGAAUAAAAUAUUGUUUCUAUUAGCUUAUUUUAGUAAGUUACGUUAGCUGUCCUUUAUACAUAAUAUAUCUAGCUAAAAUCAAAUCGUAUCUUCAAUUUGAAGGCGAGCCUCAUUGAUUAUAAUUUAUUUUUAGUGUGAUAACUUGAAGUUGUUGCAUCAAAAUUUUCUUAAUAAACAAUACUAACUUUUGCCUGAAAA